AUGGUUCACAGUCCCUCCGCCUAUACGCAAGACACGGUCGCCAACACCGACGAUGACGCAUUGACGCAAGCUUCGUUCCCGCCCGGGCCGAGUCGGCAAUCACAACACGGCGACGAUGAGGGUGACGAAAGGAGUGACUUGGGCAGCAAGAAGAGCGACAAUGUUGAACAGCCGACAGUGCCUAGCUCCAAUGAAGCAGCGACAAGGACUGACGAAAUGAAAAUCCACUGCUCAAACAACACGGUAUCCUGGACCGACGAGAAUGGCGACCUGCGAAAUACAGACUCCCUGGAUCUUGAAAUUAUCAUCGACAACACAGCCAACAGAGCUUUCCUAAGGCUCUGCGGUGACGUCUACAUCAAGUCUAGCAAGCCUCCCAAUAGGCGAGCCAUCUAUUUGUACAUUCGGCCUGAAGUCAUCAAAUUCAUCACCUAUCACAACGAGAACAAUGCGCGAUCACUUUGUUUCUCAUUGCAAUCGAAGCCCGACCUAAUCACUCCCAAGGAGCCUAUCAAUGCCAAGCCAAGGAGCAAAGCCCUGCUGGACGCUAUUGUGGCCAUCUCUACAGUGACAGACUUCGUCGUUCGACUCAACAGUUCUGACACGACUCCAUCAAGCCUUUUGAAGAAAGUGGCCUCCAUCUUUUCGCCCCGUCCGACUUGGAAUACCGAGCUCGGCAAUCUCAGUGGAUUGUAUGCUGGCAAAGGAGGUCAGAUCGCCAACGCAAGCACGACCGCGAGCACCCCUGCGAGCAGUGAUCUGGAAGCGCAGUCUCCUCCGCCAUAUCGAUCAGCGUCCAAAAAGCGUAAACGUGACAUACCUGACAUUGAAAGCAAACCUUGCUCAGCGAAAAGUGACAUGCCGCCUAUCAAUGUCAUGCUCAGUGAGAUGGAACAGCGUAUAAUGGACAGUAUCAGGCAGCUGGGAGAAAAGCUUGUCGACGUGGAUCCAUGCCGCUACGAUACGGAAGAGAGAGAAGACAUCCUGGCAGAGGUCACACAGCGGUGUGACGACGAAUUCAUAGAUCUCAAGGUGGAGUCCAAUGAUGUGAUUGAAGAGGUCAAGGAGGAGGUUGAACGUGUGUUGAACCAAGUGGACGACGAUGCGAAGGAGAGGAUGGAAGUGAUUGAGGACGAGCUCGAUGAGAAGAUGAAGAGUAUUGCAGAGGCAGCGGCAGAGGCGGCGGCAGAAAAGUAUGUCAAAGAGACGCUACUGAAUGCAAGCUGGCGGAUGGAUGGCGCCAUGUCUUUGCAGAGGCAAAUCUAG